CGUCCCCCUGGCCUGGGCCCUGCAGGAGAGCCCCAAGUUCGCGCUGGCGCGGGGCGACGAGGCCUCGGCGCUCAACAUCUUGGAGACCAUCCAUAGAUAAACAAGCCUCGGCGGUCAGAGGAACUGCAAGUAAAAGGGCUAGUUCCGGAGUCAAAGCCAGCGGAGAAGCAGUCGGGAGUGAAGGAGCAGCUGGUGCCGCUGUUCACGCCGCCCGCCUCAAGAGCACCCUCAUCAUGGCCUGUCUCUUCACGUUGUACCAACUAUUAGAAGCUUUCCUGCUGUGGGCGCCGAACAUCGCCAACCAGCUCAUGGAGCUGCUGCAGGCGGGCGGGGGCAGGGGUCUCACGCUGUGCCAGAUCAUCGCCGCUGAGCUCGACAACGAUGAGGAUUACGUGGCGUGCUCCGUGAACAGCACGGCCAUGUGGCUGCUGCUGGCGACGUGCGCGCUGCACUCCGUCGUCACCGUGCUCAUCAGCUGGGUAGUAGACGCAGCCGGGCGGCGAAACAUGAGCAUCGGCAUAACGCUCGCGUGCGGCGUGGCCGGCGUGCUGGUCAACCUGGUGCCCGACGCCGUCGGCAGCGCGCUCAUGUUCCUCACCUUCACCACGGCCGUCGUGGUCCUGGGCUUCUACGUCGCGAUCACUGUCAGCCUGUUCCCGACACACCUGAGGUCCAUGGCGGUGGCGACGACGAUGCUGGGCACGCGCGUGAUGAGCGUGGGCUUCCUCCAGCUCGUCAACUACCUGCUGGCGCACGCCUGCGAGCUCGGCUUCUACGUCUGCUCCGCGCUGUUCGCCUCAUCAGCGCUAGUACUGGCGCUGCUACCGGACGACCGACGGCAGCCGGCGCGCGUGGACGCUCCGGCCGGCGAGCACUACUCAAGCCGCCCGGAACACUAGUGGAACAUCACCCUUACUACGAGGAAACCGUCUUCAACUUGCUAUUAGAGUAGACUUAAUUUAUGAUCUCAAUCCAAUAGGAUAUAAUACUUACAUAACAUUCAUUAUGAGUUAAGAGAUGGCCUCUGGCUCAUAAAAUAUUGAAGGAUUAUUGGACAAUUUAGUAAUGGAAAGCAAUGUAUAGUUGUACCUAACCUUUAACUAUACUUUAUACAUUUUGUCCGUUGGCAUUUUCCGCGGGGGACUGGAAGAUACGGGAGACUGGAAGAUACGGGAGACUGGAAGAUACGGGAGACUGGAAGAUACAUUUCGGGGGAAGCCCCAUAAUAAAAGCUGCUGACCUACGUAUUCACUUCUUAUUUUAUUCCAUUUGGCUUAAAAAUACCCUCAAUAGUUAAAUUAAAGGAAUAAAAUGUUAAUUUACAGUCAGGGAAUUUGAUACGUGUACCAUUUAUAAUAGGCUACUAGACUCUUAUCGAAUUUGGCACAAGAAAUGAUUGUUUCCUGUAGUAUUUGACAUAAGAAACCAAUUUUUAUAGAUUUUGGGUAUUGAAAGUGUAUGAU